CUAAUUUCGAAAACGUUCUGUAGAAGUGGAGCCCAUUUGUAGAUAGAUGUGAGGUCAUCUCGUAAGUUUUUUGAUAUAUAAAGCGGGAAAAUUUACACAAGAAAAACGACGUUGUAGAAAAAAGAUAGCGUUUGCUCUUCCUGUUUGGCGCGAUUCUGCUGGGCGGUUUUUUUCUCCACUAGCCGCACCACCGAGGCAAAGAAGCACCAUAAGAGGUGCAGAAAACUACACCUACAGAAGUAAGAGCCCACCCCUCGUCGUCCAGGGCGUCGGCGUCCCACUAGUUGUAGUCGUUGUCUGAGGUGGGCGGCCGCGCGGCCUGUUAAAAAUCGUAAAAACCAGCCAGCAUUACGACAAGUAGCAUCCGCCGUCGGCUGCGACAAGGACAGUCUGAAGGUGUGGCUGGCGGACGACGAAUCCCUACAAAAAAGGUUGUACUAGUACUUCAGCCUGUUACAACAACUUCAUCCGCCAGGCCUCUAUCACCACUACCCUUAAUUAAGUACAUGGAUCACCACAGGGACGUACGACUGGAGCGCGCAUCUUAAUAACGGCCCAUAUUAUUUUCACCUAGAGGAGUUUGCUGUCUUCUUCUUCAUCGACGUGGGUUUCAUCUUUCUCCAGUAUCUUCACCAUUUCGGUCGUGCCGUAACACUAACAUCUUCGGUGGUAGCGGUUAUUUACCUAUUAAGUUAACAAGACGCAUCUACUUCUUCAAAACGGACGAGAAGGAUCUUCGCAGAAGCUAGAAAUAACCGUUGACGACAAGAAAAAAAGUUUCCGGAAAAAGUCACGAAGAGGAGUGCGUUUAUUGCUACCGCGUAGUUCUACAAGCGCACGCGCAGCACAACGACUUGGUGGAAAAUAAAGGUCGCUGGGUAGACGUAGAGACAGAAAAGAACAAACGAAACCAACACCGGCAACGACAAAAUGCCAAUCGAGCCAAUAGGAUGCCACUACGCCGACAAGGCGCCGGUAGGAGGGAGUUUUUACGGAAACUAUUUCCAGAGAAAUCAAGCAUAUGAAGGUACGACAGUUUCUUGGACGAUAAUUUUAUCAUCAUUUCGGUUCUUGAAAAUCAAAAUGGAAUUCAGCAUUUAAGUACACACAACAUAUUACAAUCAGCUACUAAGAAAUCUAGGUUCCUAUCAUGAAGACAAACAUGUCGUCUACAUCUACUCGCAUUUUUACUUUUCUGUCGCUCUAGCUCAACAUCAACUAGGAUGUGGGGACGACAAAUCGACAUUAAGAUUCGUGUAUCGAUAAGAUUGCACGGAAUUAUGUCAUCACAGGUUUCGUGUAUUCCGUCCGAGAGAGGGAGAUCAUGCCCAAGGACUACAAUGCUCCCGACCAUAUCCGAACGAACCACUACCAGAGGGAAGUGGGUAGAAGGGAGAAAAUAACCCACGAGCGGUUCAACGCGCUCGGCACAAGCCACCACAGCGAGAAGCUGAAGGAAGAGCCCACGUUGACGCCCAAGCAGUAUCCACUGCAAUAAAAGUAUAAUGUUCGGCGCUCGUAGUACUAGUAGGUGUAGGAGUAGCUGCAGUCUGGGAUGAUCUUCAUGACAGAGCAGCUUAUAAUCUCUCUGCUUGUUUCCUCGGCAUUACGUACAUUUUUCAUUUUUUGUGGCAAGAUCUACAGCUCGCGCGACUAUACUUUUGCAAUGCAUAAACGGCAGGAAGAGUUCGCGAAGACGAUGAAAGAGCCGCUUUACAAAUUCGACUGGUAUCCAGGAAAAGAACUGCGUUAGUGUAGCUCCUCUGGGGAUAAACAGACAGCAUGUGAAUAUACAGCAAAAAACUUGUCAUGCGCAAUUCGUAGUACAUGAAAGAUCGUGUGAGACUAGCGCUUGCUGCAUGUGCAUGUCCAGCUCCUGCAUGACAAGUGGUAUAUUCGUGUUUUGCGUGUUUCAGUCAGCAUUAUCUGCAACACAAAGUCAGACUUUUAUUCACACAGUUCUCUCCUUGCAUAGCUGGACAGACAACUUCAAAGACCCACAUUUCAUCGUCCUACCCACUGUGAAUGUGUCUGGGUCUGAAAUCUUGUGA